AUGGAACUAUUUGGCUACGAUGAGAAACGGAUUAAGCACUACAGAAGUUCUCAGAAGAUACUCUUAGUGGGAGAAGGAGACUUCUCCUUUUCAGCUUGCUUAGCCAGAGCAUUUGGCUCUGCUGCCAACAUAUGGUUGCAACUUCUCUUGACUCCAGGGGUUGCAUCAAAUUUUGGUGAUGGGAUACUUGAAGAGUUCCAGUGA